AGGAGGAGGAGGAGGAGGGCGUCCCCUCGAAGCCGCGCGGGGACGGGGAGCCCAAGGCCGGCACGAGGCGCCGGCGGAAGACGGCCGGGAGGCACUGGGUCCCCGAGGCCCGGGCCAGCGUCCUGAGGGGCGUUCAGGACCCUUGGCAAGGCCCCCCGGUCCAGGCGGCCCCCGCGGACGGCGCCAAAGGAGUGCCUCCGGGCACGGCCGCCGGGACUCCUCCGGAGAGCAGGCCGCCCCGGGAGAGCCGCGGGAGCUACUGCAUGUCCGAGGACAGUGACAUCAACAUCACCAGCGAGGAGGAGCCCCUGGCCGGCGCCAAAGAGAAGGAGAACGGAGGCGCCGGCCCCUGGGCUUCCCCGGAGAGCCGGGCCGCGCCAGCAGAGGGCCUCUGCUGCUACGUCUGCGGGUCGCCGCUGGCCCCGGCCUCGCGGCACCAGAUCCACGUGCAGAAGCAGGAAAAGUUGGCUCAGGCGCCCUUCUUCCCCUUCUUGUGGCUGCACAGCCCCCCUCCGGGGGCACAGCCCAUCAGCGAGGGCGGCAGCACCCUGGUGUGCCCCUGCUGCUUCUCCUCGCUCAUGCAGCAGUGGCAAAGCUUCGAGCUGGCCAACGUGCCCGUCCUGCAGCGACUGUACGUGGUGCCCCUGAACAGCCAUGCCCCGGGCAUGGCCUCCAAGGGCCGCCGGCUCCCCGGGGAGGAGGGCCCGCCUGCCGGGGCCCUGCCGGAGGCCUGCUAUCUCUGCGGGGAGGAUUGUACCCAGGACGCCCGGGCCGUGGCCUCCAGGAUCCUGAACGGCACCCCCAGGGGCUCCAUGCAUUUCCCCUUCCUCAGCCUCCUGCCCCGCCCCCCCAACGCCCGGGGCCCCAACAAGCGCUGCGAGGUCCGGAGCUGCCCCAAGUGCUUCAGCGUCCUGGAGGACGUGUGGGCCCUGUACCGGGCCUGCCGCAACGACGAACUUAUCACCUCCGUGCAGGGCUUCCUGGGCAGGUACCACCAGGCCUUCUCUGCCUCGGACCCCGCCCUCUCCGAGCCGCCCGCGUCGGCCCCGGGCAGCCCGGCCUCCGUCUGCUACGUCUGCGGGGCCGAGCUGGGCCCUGGGAAGGAGUUCCAGCUCAACGUGAACCCCUCGGGCCGCCUGGGCGAAAAGGAGCCCUUCUUCCCGUUCCUUACCGUCUACCCGCCCGCCCCACGCGCCAGGCCCGCGGACUCCACCGGCCUGGUGGCCACCUGCGUGCUGUGCUACCACGACCUGCUGGGCCAGUGGCUGCAGCACGAGGCCCGCGGCUCCCAGCACGCCGUCAGCGCCUGGUCUCGACAGUACCGGGUGGAGACGUUCGUGUGCUUCUUCUGCCGGCAGGAGAAGGAGCGGUGUCUGGGGCUGAGGGCCGUGCGGGUCGCCCGGCUGCCGCUGUUCCUCUACACCCUGCGAGCGAGCCACAGCCUGCUGGUGGACGAUGGGCGGCAGCUGAUCAUCGGCGCCUGCGUGGAGUGUGGGACCCUGGUGUGCGCCGGCCAAGGGCUGGCCCGCCAGGGGCCCCUCGGUUGGAGCUCCCCGGCGGCACCGGCGAUGAAGGUCACCUCUGCAUCUCUGGAGGCGUCGACAGCCGUCCACCCCCCAGCCAGGGAGCCUGAGCCCCGGCCAGGCGCCCCAGCAGAGAGCACGCCCAGAGGCCCCAGGACAGCCCAGGAGCCGGGGCCCGCCCGCUGUCAGCAGAGCGGCUUGGACGGGGCCGGAGCAGACCCCGCAGGCGCAGGCAUGAGCCAUGAGCCCAAGUCCCCUUCACUAGGGAUGCUUUCCACCGCGACCAGGACCACCGCCACCGUCAACCCCCUCACCCCCUCGCCGCUCAAUGGCGCCCUGGUGCCCAGCAGCAGUCCCACCACCGGCAGUGCGCUGUCGGCCCAGGUCGCGCCGUCCUCCAGCUUUGCCGCCGCGCUGCGCAAGCUCGCCAAACAGGCGGAGGAGCCCAGAGAGCACAAACGUCCACCCUCUCUGCCCCCACGAGCUGAGCGGGAGAUGAGCUGCGAGAGCAGGAGACACAGCAGCCUCACAGAGCCCAGAGGGUCUUCGCUGAGCAGCGAGUCGUCCCCCGUGUCCUCACCGGCCACCAACCACAGCUCUCCCGCCAGCACGCCCAAGCGCGUGCCCAUGGGCCCCGUCAUCGUCCCCCCUGGGGGCCACAGUGUGCCCAGCACACCCCCCGUGGUGACCAUCGCCCCGACCAAGACCGUCAAUGGCGUCUGGAGGAGUGAGAACCGACAGCAGGACGCCAGCUCUCGGGGCGGCGGCGGCGGUCGGGAGCGCCUCAUCGUGGAGCCCCCGCUGCCCCAGGAGAAGGCGGGGGGCCCCGCCAUCCCCUCCCACCUGCUCAGCACCCCCUACCCUUUCGGCAUCUCCCCCAGCUCCGUGGUGCAAGACUCGCGCUUCCCACCGCUCAACCUGCAGCGGCCUGUGCACCACGUGGUGCCCCCGAGCACCGUGACCGAGGACUACCUGAGGAGCUUCCGGCCCUACCACACCACCGAGGACCUCCGCAUGACCUCCCUGCCUCCCCUGGGCCUGGACCCGGCCGCCGCGGCCGCCGCCUACUAUCACCCCAGCUACCUGGCCCCGCACCCCUUCCCCCACCCAGCCUUCAGGAUGGACGACUCCUACUGCUUGUCAGCCCUACGGUCCCCCUUCUACCCCAUCCCCACGCCCGGCUCCCUGCCCCCGCUGCACCCAUCGGCUAUGCAUCUCCACCUGUCCGGGGUCCGCUACCCCCCCGAGCUCUCCCACUCGUCCCUGGCGGCGCUGCACUCGGAGCGGAUGUCCAGCCUCAGUGCCGAGAGGCUACAGCUGGACGAGGAGCUGAGGCGCGAGCGGGAGCGGGAAGCCGACCGCGAGCGCGAGAAGGAGCGCGAGCGCGAGAAGGAGCGCGAGCGCGAGAAGGAGCUGGAACGGGAGCGGGAGAAGGAGCGCCAGCGGGAGCAGCAGGCCCGCGAGAAGGAGCUGCUGGCGGCCAAGGCGCUGGAGCCGGCCUUCCUGCCCGUGGCCGAGCUGCACGGGCUGCGGAGCCACGCCGCGGAGGAGCGGGCCAAGCCCUCGGAGCAGCUGACCCCCACGCGCCCAGAGAAGCUGAAGGAGGCAGGUCUGCAAGCCCCGAAGCCCGUGCAGCACCCCUUGCACCCGACGCCCGCCCCCCACCACAGCGUGCCCAGCCUCCUCUCCAACCACAGCAUCUUCUCGCUGCCGGGCAGCAGCGCGGCCACGGCCCUGCUGAUCCAGCGCACCAACGAGGAGGAGAAGUGGCUGGCGCGGCAGCGGAGGCUGCGGCAGGAGAAGGAGGACCGGCAGUCCCAGGUGUCCGAGUUCCGGCAGCAGGUGCUGGAGCAGCACUUGGACAUGGGCCGGCCCCCGGCGCCCGCGGAGGCGGAGCACAGGCCCGACAGCGCCAGGCCUGGACCGAACCGUCAGGAGCCGGGCAGCCGAGACCCCCCGCAGCACUUUGGCGGGCCCCCGCCCCUCAUCUCGCCCAAGCCCCAGCACCACUCUGUGCCCACGGGCCUCUGGAACCCCGUGUCCCUGAUGGACAGCACCCUGGAGACGCGGCGGGCCCCCGAGAGCCACCCCCUGCACAGCCACCCCGCCCCGUUCGAGCCCAGCCGCCAGGCGGCCGUCCCCCUGGUGAAGGUGGAGCGGGUCUACUGCGCGGAGAAGGCCGAGGAGGGGCCCCGGAAGCGAGAGGCCGCCCCCCUGGACAAGUACCAGCCGCCCCCACGGGAGGCGGGAAGCCUGGAGCACCAGGCCUUCGCCCACGGGCCCGCGCCUUUCCUGGCUGAGCUCGAGAAGUCCACGCAGACCCUCCUGGGCCAGCAGCGGGCCCCCCUCUCCCAGCCGGCGCCCUUCGGGGAGCUCCCCGGGCCCCUGAAGCCAGGCUCGCCCUACCGGCCCGCGGCCCCCCGGGGCCCCGACCCCGCCUACAUCUACGACGAGUUCCUGCAGCAGCGCCGGAAGCUGGUCAGCAAGCUGGACCUGGAGGAGCGCAGGCGGCGAGAAGCCCAGGAGAAAGGGUACUACUACGACCUGGACGACUCGUACGACGAGAGCGAUGAGGACGAGGUCAGGGCCCACCUCCGCUGCGUGGCCGAGCAGCCGCCGCUCAAGCUGGACACGUCCUCCGAGAAGCUAGAGUUUUUGCAACUUUUUGGCUUGACCACCCAACAGCAGAAGGAGGAAUUGUUGACCCAGAAGCGGAGGAAGCGGCGGCGGAUGCUGAGAGAGAGAAGCCCGUCACCCCCGACGGUUCAGAACAAGCGGCAGACGCCUUCGCCGAGACUCGCACUGUCCACGCGCUACAGCCCGGACGACAUGAACAACAGCCCCAACUUCGAGGAGAAGAAGAAGUUCCUGACGAUCUUCAACCUGACUCACGUCAGCGCCGAGAAGAGGAAAGACAAAGAGAAACUUGUUGAAAUGCUCCAUGCCAUGAAGCAGAAGGCACUGUCCGUGGUGGUGGCGGACCCGCUCAGGAACUCUCCGAGGGACAGUCCUGCUAUCUCCCUGAGCGAACCAGCCACGCAGCCAACCUCUCUGGAUGCGGAGAAGCCUGUGGGUGUCGCUGCUUCCCUGGCUGACGUCCCAAAGGCCACGGAGCCUGGGAGACUGGAGCAGCUGCGGCCCCAGGAGCCCGCUCCUGCCGGCGGCGAGAAGGCCAGGCUGAGCGAGGCCCCCGGGGGCAAGAAGGGCGUGAGCAUGCUCCAUUACAUCCGGGGCCCCGCGCCCAAGGACAUUCCCGUGCCGCUGUCCCACAGCAUCAACGGGAAGAGCAAGCCGUGGGAGCCCUUCGUGGCGGAGGAGUUUGCACAUCAGUUCCACGAGUCUGUGCUGCAGUCCACCCAGAAGGCCCUGCAGAAGCACAAAGGGAACGUGGCCGUGCUGUCUGCGGAGCAGAACCACAAAAUGGACACGUCCAUCCACUACAACAUUCCCGAGCUGCAGUCGUCCAGCCGGCUCCCUGUGCCCCCGCACAACGGGCAGCAGGAGGCCCCCACCGGGAGGAAGGGCCCCCUCACGCAGGAAACGGACCAGGCCUCGGAGGACGACGACGAAGACGGGGAGGAGGACGACGACGAGCCCCCCAGGCGCAAGUGGCAAGGGAUUGAGGCCAUUUUUGAAGCUUAUCAGGAACACCUAGAAGAACAAAAUCUGGAGCGGCAGGUGUUGCAGACGCAGUGCAGGCGGCUGGAGGCACAGCAUUACAGCCUCAGCCUCACAGCCGAGCAGCUCUCUCACAGCAUGGCGGAGUUGAGGAGCCAGAAACAGAAGAUUGUUUCCGAGAGGGAGCGACUCCACGCAGAACUGGAUCACUUAAGGAAGUGCCUUGUGUUGCCUGCAAUGCACUGGCCUAGGGGUUACUUUAAGGGAUAUCCUAGGUGACGGUUUCCCUUGUGCUAGGCCGAACCUAUAGUAUAGAAAUAUUAUCUAUUUUAUUACCUUGAAUAUUUAAUAUUUUUCACUGGGAGGUUUGAAGCUUAAAAUUUAACAAAAAGAAAAAAAAAAAAACAGAAAAAAAAAGAGAAUGUGCCAUGCAUGAAGCAAAGGACUCCAGGCCCCAGAAGAACGAACCCGCCUUGACUUCAAUGCAACGGAAUCACCUUUGUCAUUCAGCGAGCAACCGACUAGGAUGCCCAUCGUUCUUUUUGUUUGGUCUUUUCUUUUCUUUUUAAAAGUGGUUUUCUUCUUCCCCCACGCCGUUAUUUUCUAGUCUGAAAGUGAAGGCUCCCUUACCAACACUAAAACUGUAUCCUUGAGGGCCCCUGGGUGCGGAAGAAUGGAUCAGACCGACUGUGUUGGGUUUCUGGUGUGGCCACGCGGCUCCCCGCCUCCUCGAGCCCCCCCCCCCCUCCCCUUCCGCCCCGGCGCAGGGUCAGCCUCGCUCCUCCCCAGGACGGAGACUGGCUUUGGCAGAGGGAAGGUGGGGUGCAUUUUCCUGGUAAAGGGCUUAUUUGUUUGUCACUUGUCUGCAAAAUUCUCUUCGAAGCAACAGGUCCUAGGAGCCCACAAAGCACCAAUACCGAAGCCUCACCCACAGGCUUUUCCCCGGAAAAGCUCUUAUCUAAAGUGCAUCACCCAACUGAAGGUACCUUUUUAUUACUCGGUGGGGGAAAAUGUACAGAGCUCUAUGUAUACAUACGUUCACACCCACGAAAUUGUUACUGCGGUGGGUUGUGUUUUCAUACAAACGUAAAUUUUGAGAGAAAAGUCAAAGGUGCUUCAGCCUUGUACUGUGUAUAUAUAUUAAAAAAAAAAACAAAGUUUUGUAUGUUUUUAUUACUUUAAUUAUUGUUAUAAAAAGCCUGCCAUUUUUAAAUAUGUGGUUUGGGGGGAUUUUUGUUUGUUUUCCUGUUUGGGGGUUCUGUUUGUUUUUUUGCUUUUGUUUUCCUGGGCAAAAAAACUUGCUUUUAGUGUUUGUACUGCUGCUGGUCAGGACAUUAAACUAUUGAAGUGUUUUUAACAAUUAAAGAAGAAGAAAAGUAAAAGAGCUUACCACUGGCGCCUAUGCGAUCACUUCAUUUUUGAGUUGCACCAGAAAGUGACGUAGAAAGCCAUGUGUUGUUCCUUCUUACCUCCUCCUGUCCCCUCCCCCUGGCUCUGGAGCGCAGACAGAACCAGUUGCUACUGUGGAGGGGCUCGGCCCCCGGCGGGCACAGGCCGCCCGGUGCUGCCGAGCGCGCCCGCGGCUCUGCCGGAAGAACCUGUCAGGAAGGGAGCGAGUUCUGUGAUAGGAUUCUAAGGUGUCUUACAGCAGUCUGAGAACAGGUGCAAAGUAGAAACUUUAGAAGCUUUAUUUAGAUGCAAAGCUUUGUAAAAGCCUAAAAGUAGGUAAACCAUGUCUGAGCUGAACUUCCCCUCCUUUCGAACUUACUGUCCUGAGCACAGGAGCGGCUAGAAACCGGGGAAGCCCUCUCUCUCCGCGCAAAGCAGUGUUUCCUUCUCGGCCCCGUUCCAGCUCAUCCAGGCGGGGUCUCCUCUCGCCCGAAUGGGCCCGGACCCGAGGCCCAAGCAGCCAGGGGCGGGUCCGUCGGGGGUGGGGGUGGAGGCAAGAACCUCGAUGGCCGCUGUCCCUUUCACCCUGGGUCAGGGACAGGCUGGCCGACCUUCAGGAAGGCUACUCACUGCGCUCGGUGGCCGCGCCCUCGGCACCAGACCUUAGCUGUGCAGAACAGCUUGCUGGCAGAUGGCAUUGUGUUGCUUUAUCUGUUCCCACACAGUUUGCUUUGUAUGUCUGCCAAGAAUCUUCUAGUUAUUAGCAAACUCAGACAAAAAGUGCCGCCAGUAUUAUCAGCAGUCAACGAGCGCCUUCCUCUCCACAAAAACGACUCGAGAACGCAGGCCUGUGCUGCGGGCCUCCCCUCCCCUGCAAAGACACUGGGAGACCAACUCGUUCCACAGGUGGGGACAGGUGUUGAGAGGGGGCUCUGCUGCUAGCGGUCAGGGGACGAGAUGACCGAAUUUCUCCCGAGUCGGCUGGCUCGUUCCGGUCUGAAAGAGCAAGCUCAAGGGCUCCACCUCAGCACCCCGCUCCCCGCCCUCCCCCGGCCCCAGAAAAGGGCUGGACGCCCCUGCUAAGCAGCUUGGGGAGGGCUUGAGGAAACAGCCCCCGCCCCGCCCCUCACCAUCCGAGGGGAGCCCCCUGUUGGGGUGCUGUUACAGGUCGAGGGCCACGCCCACGGGGGGCGGUCACCACCCAGGGGUGGGUGCAGCUAGAAGGGCUCUGCUCCCUGCCGCUGGAGACUAACCGCCUCCCCUGCCUUCCAGCUUCGGUCCCUCCUCCUCCCCGCACCCCCACCUCUCAGUAGAAAGACAAUCAGAAUACAGACCAGUAAGGCAGCAUGAAGAAACUAAGGAAGGGAAGAAAGCAGGGGUGCACCACGAGGAGCUGGCUUUCCCGUCCGGUGGCUAGUUUUCAUUUUCAGAGGGUUUGGAAACAACAGCACCACCUCUCUUCGGUUUGGGCUUAAAAACGGACAAAUGCGUGAUCCUUGUCCGCUAUUUCACGUUGAGUUUAAAAGACAGAGUUGAGAAGUACGCCAGAUCUGCUCUAGAACUCAUUACGUAACUCGGGUCAGUAUUUUCGUGGAGACCCCCGUCUUGCACGACCUUGUGUCUUCCUGCCGCCCCUGCGAGACCGGGCUGCCGUCCGUCCUCAAGGGGACUGCACUCUGCUUGUGAGGGUCCUCUUCCAGAGUGGGGUCCUGGGGUUCUGCAUUUAAUCCCAUCAUUAGAAACGAACUUGGCGGCGCUUAGGACCUGAUCCUUUGAAAAUGUUUCCUCUAAUUAGAGCCAAAGGGACAUGAAACCAUGACCUCCGUCCAUUAUCUCAGAUAAGUGACCAAGAUAGGACUUAACAGGAUUUUUUUUUUUUUUCUACAGAAUAUAGGCUAAACACUUCAUUGGCAUUCACAUUCUAAUAGAUUACAUCCUUAAGGGAAUUCCAAGAAUACUUAGAGGAGCCCGCACUCUCGGCAGCGGAGGAUCCUAGUCCAAGAAGGUCUGGUUUUCCUCCAGUAGCUCGAUAAGGCUGCCGGAUCUCAAAAGUCAGGCGCCCCCUUUCCCCUCUGAGCGGUCUUCAAAGUAGAACAUUCCAGGGAUCCACCACAAGAUGGAGGUGGUCGGCACAAGCCAAUUCUGUAACUCUUGGCCACUUAGCAGCGGAAAUAUCCCGCACCCCACGGAAACCAGUACCUGACUUCUCCCGUCUCACAGUAGCCAGUCCCAACCUGUUGAUCCAGCACUUAAUUUAGACUCCUUCAUUCUGCCUUGACCUGAGGAAGGCCACGCUGAUUGGUUGUGUUACUUUGUAUGUGGCCUGUGCUCACUUGCUAGAACAGUAAAACCAGUACAUGGGAGGGAGGAGGGAUGCCUCGGUCACUCUGGGGGCAGUUUAGAUGCUGUGAAAUUAAACCUGUUCUAAGUGUACUUGUUUGAAUUAAUUGUAUUGUAAUAUUAUUUGUUGAAUGUAGUAAUUAGGUAUUUAUGAAUAUAUUGCUGUAAUUUCUGACAACAUCCAAAAAAAUAAAAUCUUCCUAAAUCA